GACCGGCGAAAGGAAACUUGACAGAAAACAAUAGCAGUCACUCCGCUGACACCCAUAUAACUGUUAUAAAAAUAUUUAUCAGCGUUCAUAUUUCUGAAGGCAGGCUCCCUGAAAGAAGCGCUAGCUGUUGCGGCGGAGGAAUAACGUUAGCAGGAAAAACGGAGAGAAAGGUGAGGUGAAGGCACGUUUGGGAAGAAGACGAGGAGGGCAGUGAAAAGUGAGCGGACUCAGCCACAGGUAGGACUCGGCCACGGGAGACCUACGUUAGCUGUCGUGGCAGAAGAUAUCAAAGUGCACGCGGGUCAUGCGGAUUUCUCCGGUCGCUGAUCGGAGCGCCGAGUCGCAGCAGUAAAACGGAGGGCAAAGAGAGAAGAAGCAGAAAACAGAAGACCCACACACGCUCUGUCAGUCCGUCCAAGCGGGCUCCAGGUCAGAGGGAAGAGCCACCAUGUCCCGGAGAAAGCAGAGCAAACCCCGGCAGAUAAAACGUUCCCUCGGUGAUCUCGACGGCGGCGAGGAGAACACGCCGGACAACCUCAGCCUAUCAGGCGAGGAGGGAGGAGCCUCGGACCCGGACGAUUCGGCGGAAGGCGACAGCUCCAGCCCGCCUCCGUACACACCGCUGUACAAUGAAGAGCCCAGGACGCAAGACUUUCGAGGAGGCCCUGACGAAGAAGACGAAGACAGAGGAGAGGAGCAAGGGCCGACACACAGCGGUGGGGAGGAGGAAGAGGACGGGGAGGAAGAGGAGGAUCUGUUACAGUGGAGGGGUCCAGAUGACCUGGAGUUAAGUGAAGAAGGCAGUGAGAGCAGGGUGGUGGCUCGCAGGGACCUCCAACCAGACACAACAUGGGGGCCCUACCCAGGAAUGCUCCAAUCAGAGAGCAGCGCAGAUGAUCAAGAGACAGAGGACUGCAGGUGGACACUGGUGUGCGAGGAUCCAGAUUGUUGGAUGAGCCAUCUCCCUGUGACCUCUGACGCCUCUUCUGCCAACUGUACCAUUUAUAGCCAAGGUGAGGAGCUGUUCUGUAAGGUGACCAGAGAGCUUGCAACCGGUGAAGGGCUCCUGGCCUCCCUGUUGCCUCCUCCCACCAACUCCUCCUCUCCCAUGGACCAGCUCUCCCCUCCACUCAGCCUUGUCACCCAGAAACAACCUGUGGUGAAGGAGGAGCCGCUGUACCCAGCAGCUCUGCACUCAGACAUCCAGCUCCUCCCACAGCAAGCAGGCAUGGCCGCCAUCUUGGCUACUGCUGUUGUGAAUAAGGACAUUUUCCCGUGCAAGGACUGUGGAAUCUGGUACCGCAGUGAGAGAAACCUGCAGGCCCACCUCAUGUACUACUGCGCCAGCCGACAGAAGCAACCGGCCGCAGCCUCGUCGCCGCCACAGGACAAACCCAAGGAGUCCUAUCCCAAUGAACGUAUCUGCCCCUUUCCACAGUGCAACAAGAGCUGCCCCAGUGCAAGCUCACUGGAGAUCCACAUGCGCACACACAGCGGCGAACGUCCAUUUGUCUGUCUCAUCUGUCUGUCAGCCUUCACCACUAAAGCAAACUGUGAGCGCCACCUUAAGGUCCACACUGACACACUCAAUGGGGUGUGUCAUGGCUGUGGAUUCGUCUCUACCACAAGGGACAUCCUCUACAGCCAUCUGGUCACCAGCCACAUGGUUUGCCAGCCUGGAUCUCGUAGUGAGGUCUACUCUCCAGGACCAGGCCUUCCUAAGCUGCCUCUGUCCACUGGUCUCAGUCCAGGGGAUUCUGGUGUGGUGCUGAAGUGUCAAGUCUGCGGUCACAACUCUGACUCCCCCGCCCAGCUUCAGCAACAUGUACGAACCCACUUAGAGGUCAGGGUCCCAGCUGAAAGGAGCCCCACCCCACGCCAAAGUACCCCAUCAUCAGUUGACCAAUUCCAGCUCCAGCCAUCUCCCUCAGAGAGGGAGCCCCUAGCAUGUGUACCUAAGCCAGACUCAUCCAGCCCAGGCGCAAAUGGUGGCUCAGCCACUCCGCGAGGCUGCAGUUCCCCUGAUGCCCCAACCACCAACCUAAAGAUCAAAGAGGAACCUCAUUCAGACUCUGAGACAGAAGAGCAGCAGAUGGAAAUUAAGGAGGAUAGAGAGGACGAGGUUGAUGGAGAGGAGGGUGACCAAGAAGCCGCAAGCAAGACACAGGAGGAGCCAGUUGCUACCUCCUCCUGCCGGGCAUCAAAUUCUCCUAAGAGUCCAACAGCCACAACUGUGAAGGCUGAACCAACAAGUCCCACCCCUGGUUCUAGCCCAGCUCAUGUGGGAGGUGCAGGGUCAGUUCUCCCAGGAGGAGCAAUGUUCUUGCCCCAGUACAUGUUUAACCCUGAGGCAGCGAUAUUGCCUCAGGCCUCAGAGAUCCUGGCCAAAAUGUCAGAAAUGGUCCACAGUCGUCUGAAACAGGGCCAGACAGUUCCCCAGAACAACCCAGCCACCUUUUUCCCUUCUGGACCGACUGCACCUACAGCUACAGCCACUCCACCUCACAAAGGAGCCACUUGCUUUGAGUGCGAUAUCACCUUCAAUAACAUCAACAACUUCUAUGCACAUAAGAGGCUGUACUGCUCCAGUAGACAUCAAGCAGAUGGUGCAUCCUCAGCUUCAGGCCCAGGAUCAACAAGGGAUGCAGGCCCAGCCACUGCUCCGUCCAGCGGGGCACAUGGAUCAUCAGCAUCUCCUCAGGGUGGAGCAGCAAGCAGAGCAGCCUCAGCCUCUCCUACUGACUUGGACCCUGCUGCAGGGAGCGGAACAACAGAAUCGAAGAGAGUGGUUGAAGUGAAGUCAGAAACUCCUGUGGUAAAAGAGGGAAUAUCAUCCUCUUCUGAAGGGGAAGGUGGAGGUGGUAGUGUGGGAGGUGGAGGAGGAAGAGCAAGCGAAGGCAGCCAAAGUCCUGCCAGUGGCUCUGCAGAGGACCUGGAAGAUGAUCCCAAUAAAACCUUUUGUGUGGCUUGCAACAUCCGCUUCAGUCGUCAUGAAAACUACACUGUUCACAAACGCUUCUACUGCGCGUCACGCCACGACCCAUCUAACCAUCGAUCCGUACACAUGGCCAAGGCAACCACCACAGCAGCCUUCCUUCCCCAGCCCAUCCGCACACGCAAGAGGAAGAAGAUGUAUGAGAUUCACAUGGCCAGGACUGAAGCCUUAGCUAACGCUGCUGCAGCUGCCGCCGCUGCUGCUGCUGCUGCCACUGCUGCUGCCUCCGCCCCGUCCCCCUCUGUACUCGGUUUGGCAGUGAAGCAAGAGUUUUCUCCCAGUGGGGCAGGCAGCUCAAGCCCCGAAGGAGAUGGCCCAAUUGACCUGAGCAAAAGGCCCCGUCUGAGAGAGGCUCCACGGCACGGGAACAGCAGUGUUCUCCCUGCUCUGCCGCUUACCGACUACCACAAGUGCACCGCCUGCAGUAUCAGCUUCAACAGCAUUGAGAACUACCUGGCUCAUAAAACCUACUAUUGCCCCGCCACCACCCUCCAGCCCCACACAAUGGAGCAGCUGCACAGGCUCAAGAGAUCAGCCUCUACCUCGCCCAAAAGCAGGUCUCAACAGGAGCGCCAGGAUCUUUUGCACCCUAUGGAGGCUAAAGCCCUACCCGCUGAGUGGGUCGCCCAGGCUCAAGGGUCAUCAUCCAGUCCCUCUGCCUUACCUGCCUCUGAUGCCACAUCUUCUCCCCAUACAGCUACCACACUUGCAGCCAUCCCAGGAGCUGGAGCCAAAGGCGCUGGUUCCUCUCAGAUGGUCUGCCCAUACUGUCCUAACAGGCCCAUCACCUCUGAUCUGAUGGAGCACUUCAAGACCACCCACGGCCUGGUUGUAACUAUUCAGCCACCCCAGGAGGCCCUACCCCAACCAGGCAGUGCGGUUAGCCGCAGCCCCAGCCUUAGCCCAAGGGAUGGCGCUGCAGCAACCACCUCCACCACCCCAACUGGGCAGCCCAGACUGGUCUCUCGAGUUCACCGAGACAGCAUCAACGGGCAGACAAGGAGUGGUACAACUUCUCCCUCCUCUCCAGUGGUAAAUGGCAGCCCUUCAGGUGGGGCUGGAUCACCUACGGCCAGCUCACCUCUGCCCAUGUCCCCCUCAAGGGCUCCCUCUCUAACUUUGUCACCUGUGCCUGAGGUCCUGAGGGAGACAGUGGGUUCAUCCCUCCUUCCAAACAAGGCCACACCAACCACGGCCUCCCAUCCCAUCCCCGCGUCCCAGCCUGCUCCCAUUCCCGGCGCUAAAACCCCAGUGAUCUCCCCAGUCCAGAACGGUAACUCCCGCUUCUGUCGGCUGUGCAACAUCAAGUUCAGCAGCCUCUCCACGUUCAUAGCUCAUAAGAAAUACUACUGCUCUUCCCACAGCGCUGAACAUGUUAAGUGAACUGAGUCAUUCUCUUCUCCCUCUUCCCUCUUUCCUUUUCCCCUUUUCUUCUUGAGUGGAGAUUUUUCUUCAUUCAGUUCCAAGAAGCUCAGAUGUCCCUCUUCUUCUGCCAGUCCUCCCAUGUGGGUGCCAAAGCGGCACUCAGCUGGCAGGAUCAUGAAUGACUGUUACUCACCUGGCAGGGCCUGAUGCCCAACUGCUCCAGAGCAGAAUUUGCAGGUGGUGUUACUAACAUAAAGUAACUGAUAUUCCUCCUUCUAUGGGUCAAAGUUUGUAGUACACUAAGAGCUGAUACAGAUGCUACGUGGCUCUCCACCUGUCUACCUGCACACGCUGGUGUGCCCCCGUCCCCUAGAUCACUCUCUGUCUUCAUCCCCCUGCCCCACAUUGGACACCUACCACUCCCAGGCCUCACAGUAUGUUGCAUUAUGGGACGUUAAAAAGAUCUGUCAACAACCUCUUUUCUGUCUCUCUGUUGAACCGAGUUGUUUAUAAUGGCAGUAAUUAGAUUUGGACUGUUGGAGGCAUUUCUGACUGAUGAUGAUACAGUAACGAUAAUGCUGAUUAUGAUGGAUCUUCAGUCUUUUCUAUAGCUAUUGAUGUUUCAGACCUUAAAGGAGGAAUCAUUUCUCUUGUGUGGAAAAGACUUGAUCAUUGUUAAUGUUUUUAUUAUCUGUGCAUAGUGUAUGAUGUCUAAAAAAAAGAAAAAAAAGAAUUCUAUAUGCUUUUGGUUUCAACACUGGCUCUUUUUGCUUACUAGAAAAAGCUAAAGCGUUUUUAGCUGGAAAACAAAUAUGUGGUAUCACAAUGUUACUAAUUACUGAAGGAUAAUAUUUCAAAAAUGGACAGUUUUUUUUCUUUCAUACACACAAAUUUUUAUUUUCUCUUUAAAAUGCAAGGGAGAAAAAAUGUGAAAUAUUUAUCUUUUAGUCCUCACUGAUUUCAUGUCAACAGAAAACUACCUACCUAGUGUCUGAGAGUAUUUGUAUUUUUUAUUUGUAUAUUUUUCAUACUGUUGGAAGGAACUGUUUGGAUCUGGGUAUGUUGAAGUGUAUUUUCUAAGUGUAGAUAUGUAAUAUCUUCUCACAGUAAUCACUGGGAUCACACUGAACUUUGUUAUCACGUAAAGCAGUUUGUGUUGUUUCUGUCGUCUUUAUUUGAUGGUGAGGUCUGGCAACCAGCACUAUUUAGUUUUAUCUCCUCUUGUACCUUUACAGAUCAGAAACAUGAUUAUAUCAGAACAGCUUCUCACAUCAGAAAGUUGAGUUGAGAGUGGAUUCUCAUACUGUUGCUUAAUACUUUGGUGAGAAUGAUGAAGCCUCCCAGACUUUAGGGUAUACAAAAAUCUAAAACAAUGUUAAGUUACCAGCUGCAUAUCAUCCAAAAUGUGACCUUUGAGGACACACAGCUUUACAUUAUUUGUUGCAAACCUGUCAUUUCAGAUGUACAUACUAAGGGAUACACAAAACACAUCACUGCUUAGGGGUUUAUACACAUCUUAAAAGAUGUAGUUUUUCUUUUUUAAUGAUUGUGUUUCUGUCCGGCAAUGAAGGCGUAGCAGGGAAUAGUCCCAUCUUAGUAUAACACCUCACACAGUAGGGUAAAGCACAUAUGUAAUAACCACUUAUCGUGGCCCAUGGUGUGUGUGAGGGAGAGAGAGUCUGUUUUCUGCUUCUUUCAAUUUGUUGCUCUUUUACUUGCACACACAUACUCACACAGAGUUUACGCCACAUGUUCCCAUGCUGCUGUUGCAGUUGCAAUACAGUGUUAGCUAGAACUGUGAAAUACUUUUUUUUUUCUCAUCUCCAAUAUUGCAUACUUACCGAUGUAAGGCUCAUACGUUUUUUGAGGCACAAACUUCAUUGUUUAUCGAAGUUGUCAACAGGCAAUAAUGCGUCCUGGUGUUGAAUUCAUUAAAAAUGGUAAUUUCUUCUCCCAAACAAUAGAAAAUCAACAUUUCCUCAGGAUUUUACUCCUCUACAUGUGCAGGAGCAUCUAAAACUGCAUUUGGACCAUCACGGGACACUAAAACUCCCGACUAAUGAUAUAGUUAUGAGUGGGAUAGCAGAUGUGAAAGCUUAAUUGUAAGUUCUGAGGCCAAUUCUCCCAUACUGAAAGGAUUUCUCUGUUAAUAUCAGUCCAACUGUAGACCUACCAACACAAGGCAGAUCUGGAACCCUGUUUAUUAUCAGUAGUAGCAUUAAGGGACCCACACUUACACCUAAAGGAAGUCAAGUCUUCACAACUCCACAGCAGUGAUGAGGAAUGUUGUCAUGUUAA